UCAUCCGCUGUGAGUGUCAUCGAUGUGAGCGGAGAAAGCCCGGACACCUUCAAGAUGUCGGUACUGCAUCGGCUAUAUAGUGGAAACGAUACUAGUAAAAUAACGAAGCGAGAUGCGGAUAUGUCGCUUGAGUAUCAUUCCUACGCACUUGUCUGGAAUAAAGCAGCGCUAGUAUGGUAUAUUGACGGAAAUCCUGUGUUCUCGAUAAACGACACGAAGAAAAUACCUUUUGACUACAUGUAUAUUGGUAUGAGCAUGACGGAUGUCGGCUCACGAGAGAGCAGCGAUACAUCUUCAGAUUCUCCACCAAAAAAUUUCCUGAUUGAUUGUUUAACAGUGUCACAAGAAGAGUUUGCUCCGACCGCUAAAGUGGCGGCGAACCAUCGCCUUGCUCGAGCCGCGGCUAUAAUUUUUCGAGAUGAUUUCGAUGACGAGGCACUGGAUGCUUCCAAAUGGCGUCCGACCACUGCGACCAGUGGCAUCCUUAUCGGAGGCGAAACUCAAACAUAUCCAUUGCCGGGUAACGUCUUUGUAAGCAAUGGCAGCUUGCGACUGAUCGCGAAUAAGGAAGUGAGCCUCCCGAACUCAGGAUCGGUUGGUUACACUUCUGGAUCAGUAAACUCGUUGGGAUUUUUCAAUUUUAAGUUCGACGAAAUUGAAUGGAAGGCCAAACGCCUUAAAGGGAAGGGUAUUAACUGUGGGCUCUAUCUAACUAACUUUCACUGCACUCUGCCGAGCGGUGAUUGUCACAGCAACUUUGCGCCCUCCAUCCAUGCUUUGCAUGCUUCAGGAGAUUUUCCCAAAGCAAUCUACACAACUGUGUACUCGAGAAAUGGCAGAAGUCUUGGAAAAUGGCACUGGAGAGACGUAGACAUGUCACUGGAUUACCAUAUCUACAAACUAAUAUGGACCGAAACAGCAAUAGUAUGGAUUGUCGACGACGAGGUUAUAUUUUGGACUACCGAUACAAAUAUGAUUCCUGAUAACCAAAUGCAGAUUAACAUGGGAACAUCCGUAGUAAGCGUUGACGAAAGUACGAUUUUUCCGGCAGAGUUUCUAGUCGAUUACGUUAUAGUCAGGCAGGGAAAUGUUGAUCCUUGGAUGUGUAUACCUGUAAGCAGUGCAAGCACGCUUCAACCACAUGAUAUCGAUGCAACAACUUUACUGGAACAAACAUCUCCAUUGUCCACAACGGCAACUGCAAAUACUUUCAGUGACAAUCCGCCGCACCAAGACCCAGUCGUCAUAAUAGUGUCAACGGUUUCGGCUAUAGUCUUUGUCAUUCUCGUUAGCGUGUUCGCUUAUCUGUUUUUUAGGCGGCGAAAACAGCGCCGCUCUGAUGUUGUUGUAAGUCUGCAAAAUCCUAACUGCAGUGAUACUGACCUUCGGCUUAAUAAUUUGAACGCCAAAACCACAGCAGCGCUACGUAAUUAUAUUGGCACUCUGGAAAUCGCACUAUCCAGUUUGGAAAUCGGGGAAAUUUUGGGGCAUGGCGAAUACGGGAUAGUCCGGAAGGGGAAUGCAAAAGGUCUCCAAGGUCAUUUGCUGCCGACUCCAGUGGCCAUCAAAAGUGUGAAGAAACGAAUGAAUCAGCAACAGCAGAAUCAGCUAAUCCAAGAAAUGAAAAUAAUGGCAAAAGCUGGACGGCAUCUAAACAUUAUCAAUCUAGUGGGAAUCGUGCUUCAAGGUAGCUCUACCCGUGCGCUGGAUGCCACCGGAAUCGUUUGGGAGAAACACCUUACUCUCGCAGUUUCGACAUCGCUUCAUUGUUGGAAUUUCUGUCGUCAUUGAAUAACGGCUUUCGGAUGGAGCGCCCUUCAGAGUGCCCAGAGUCCAUUUAUCGCAUAAUGCUUGGCUGCUGGACCGGGUCACCGGACGGAAGGCCAGGAUUUCCUGAUCUCGAAAAAAGUUUGAUCGCGUUGGUCGAGGAUAGUUCAGCGAAAAUCUAUAGCCGUCUGGACAAGCCUUAUCAGUUGUUUAAUCAAUCCCAGCAAAAUCGUCUUGAUCAACUAGCUAAAAUUGAUGACAACGGUUUAGCGGAUGACACCGACUACCGAACUCUAUUGGUCGGAGUGGAUCCAAAUA